ACCAACGCAACUCAACCAUAUUUUACUCGUCUCCUUCAGUAUUCACCAGUGCCGUCUCUUCUUGACUCGCAACAUCAGCAACGAACCAUGGCAAACAGAGUGAACCAUAGCACAGAGACGACGGUGCUUCGCAAAUUCGGAGUCAACGAGAGGUACCAGCUGGCCAUGUAUCUAUUGGACCAGUACCGUGGCACCACUCUCUCUUGUCGCUAUGAAAUCCCGCCACGUCUUGCACCGACAGAGUCGCAGACCCAGCUAGAGGAGGCAGUCAAGAUCGCUCUCGCAGACACCAUUAUGAGACAUCCAAUGCUCCAGGUCGCCGUGAUAGAUGCCACUUCCAACACUCCCUCCUGGAUCCAGCUGCAUAGUAUCGACUUGACGCAGCACAUAAAAUGGCUUUAUCUCGCAGAGCACGACGAAUUGGAACACACGGUACAGGAGACCUUUCGCGCUCAGCUCGAUGACCGUUUCCCAGACCUUUCUAUCAGGCAGCCGGGCUGGAAGAUUACCGUCAUUCGACAAAGGAAUGUUUCUAUCAUGGAGGUCCUAAUGACUUGGAAUCACCCUCAGUUCGACGCUAUGGGUGCCAAGGUGUUCCACGAAGACUUGCUCGAGAUGCUCAAUGCUGUCAGCGGCGCAUACGAGCGGACGGGCUUGGAUGGCGACGUCCUCAGACUACCCCAAGCAUCCCCCUUGCUUCCCACCCCGAUCGAGGACUUAAAGUCUCUUCCAGUAGAUCUGAAAUAUCUCGCCAAGGCAUUCUGGGAGGAAAUACGGCCCCGGUUUCUUGACCGGGACGUAUCGUGGGCAAACUGGUGCCCGAUUCGCGCCUCGCCGUACAAGACGCAGUUUCGGGCCUUUUUCAUGGACAACGCAUCCUUGCUUGCAAUCCAAGCCCUCUGCCGUCAGAACCAGACCACCAUCACCGGCCUACUGAACGGAUUAGCGCUUAUUGCCUUUUCAUGGCACCUCGACGCUGCGGUCGCCCCGGCCUUCCAGAGUUCUACCAUCGUGGACCACCGCCGGAAUCUGCCUCCGGCCCCGCCAGGCGCUCCGUGGGGCCGGUCCGACAGAGCAGUCAGCAACUACGUGACGCAGUGCCUUCAUAGAUGGGACGCGGAGCUGGUGGCACGCAUUCGCUCCAAGCUGCCAGCCGAUGCCAGCGUGGGAACAGAUCUGUCUCCCGACCUCCAGCGCGAGCUCUGGGCUAUAUCGGCACAAAAUCGGCGCGAGAUAGCACACAAGCUGGAAACCGGGCUGCGAAACGACCUGGUCGGGUUAUUCAAGUACGUCACGGACUGGCGGCAGACGAUGGGGAGGAUGGCAAAAAGGACGCGCCAGUUCUCGUGGCUGGUGACCAACAUCGGUGUGCUGGACGGUAACGGGCCAACAAGGUUGAGCGCCACCACGACACGGUCGUCGACGGGCGGCGACACCAAGUCCGGCGACGGCCAGAGGUGGUCGAUCAGCAGAGCGCAGUUUGGCGUCAGCACCGAGGUCCCCGCUGCGGCCAUCGAGUUCUCCCCUGUCAGCGUCGCUGGCCGAGGGAUGUGUGUUGGCGCCUCCUGGGCGGACUGCGCCGUCGAUGCGACGCUAGGGGAGCGCAUCAUGGCUGACCUGGAAAGGUGGCUGUCCCAACUUGCGAGGGAGUGAAGAGGUGCCAGCUACAAGGUACCGACCUGUACGGACAUGUAUAGUAGUACACCUCUGUGAGGUGCUCAGAGAAAGUAUCAGGGAUGAUGUCGGAUGUAGCAGAGCGCUUGGGAUAGACCAAAGUAAUGAUUCCUGCCAGACACCCCAACUAGUUGACAUGGCGAC